GGAGUUUCUUGUGUGCGUGCCACUUGUGGUUCCUCCUCAGUGGCAGUGACAUAUUACAACACACAGGGCAGAUUAUAUUGACCUGUCAGAGUUUGAUCAGGGAAACUUCUGCUGCAGAUUCAUCCUCAACAGACCGCGGGACUUAGAGAAAGGUUCAAAGGCAAUGAUGGAGCUAAUGACUGCUACCCCUUUCUACGCCAUGAACACAUCAAACAUCACUGGAAGAAACAACUCCUUGUACGAAGACGACGAAGACUAUGACUACAAGGACGAACACGCUGAGCUGAGACAUUCCCUCAAAAUCAUGACUCUCAUUAUUUUCAGCCUGGUCUUUGUUCUCGGUGUGUUGGGGAAUGGAGUGGUUAUCUGGGUGACGGGGUUCAAGAUGAAGAAAACAAUUAACACUGUUUGGUUCCUCAAUCUCGCCGUGGCCGACUUCCUCUUUACGGCGUUCCUGCCCCUGGGUGUGACGUACAUGGCUCUGGAUUACCACUGGCCUUUUGGCAACUUUAUGUGCAGACUCAAUGCCCUUGUACUAUCCUUGAACAUGUUCACCAGUGUCUACAUCCUGGUGGUGAUCAGUGUGGACAGAUGUGUGUCUGUGGUGUGGCCCGUCUGGGCCCAGAACCACCGAAGUGUACGCAAGGCUUCCUGCGUGAGUCUGGUUGUUUGGAUACUGGCUCUGAUUCUCAGCACUCCAUACUUCAUCUUUAGGGACACUGUGUCAGACCCUUACGAUGAAGACAUCGUCUACUGCUUCAGUAACUUUGCACUUUCUGACGACUAUGAAACACCAUCAGUGAAACAGCUGGGAGAUUUUCGACAUCAGACCAUGACCAUUACCCGCUUCCUCCUGGGAUUCGUCGUCCCCUUCACCAUCAUCGUCUCCUGCUAUGCCGUCAUCAUCCAUCGUCUCAGGAGGAACCGCACCCUGGCCAGCCAAUCGAGUCGCCCCUUCAAGAUCAUCGCUGCCAUCAUCGCCACUUUCUUCCUGUGCUGGGCACCGUUUUACAGCAUGACUGUAAUCCAGCUGGUUUAUUACACGGCGAUCAGUCCAAGUGAAACCUUGGGCCACAUCAUCACUAUCGGUGACCCGAUAGCAACCAGCCUGGCCUUUCUCAACAGCUGCCUGAACCCACUGCUGUAUGUGUUCAUGGGUAAAGAUCUUAAGGAAAAAGUCCGCAAGUCCGUCCUGAACCUGUUGGAGACUGCCUUCCAGGAGGAAGAGACACACUCUUCCACAGACACAAAGUCAACAGACAGAGACAAGCAAGCUAGUAAUACCAAAGAAGCAGAUUAAUGUAUAAAUUCUGCUGGAGAAAGCACAUGUUUACCUUUACAGAAAAUAGGAUCUUAUCACCAAAACUUCUUGAAUUUCAAAAAUCACCCAGAAGACAUUGCAAAAUAUGUAUUACAUAUGUGUAUGGUUGAAUGACAGAAAAACUGCGAGAAAAGGGAACUUAGUUCCUUCAUCUUUCACAUGCACGGCAAAUUCUGAUGCAUCCUGUGACAAAUUCUGAAAAAUAGAGAAUGCUAUCUGUUGUUUAAGGGUAAUCAUUUAGAUAUAUUAAUAAAACAGUAAAAAUUAUAUUUUGAUGAAGAACAUCAUAUAUUUGUUUUAAAUAAAGUUAUGGUUAAGUUGAAAUAUAAAUCUGCAGUGUAAAAUAGUGCUGUGAACAAACAGGUUCAUAGAAAUUAAUUUCACAACUUCCCCCUCAUACCCAACCCCACCGACUGAUGCCAUUGUGUCUGUUUGUGUGUGUGUGAGUGUGAAAGAGAAAUAUUUGUUAUUCAGCUUAAGGACUGAUUCCUGAGAGACUAACAAAGAAAUAAUGUACUUUACCAUUAGAUUAUCAUGAAUAAAGUAGCACCUGCAUUGUAAUCUUGCAUAGAACAGCUUCAUUAGAUCUUUAAAUCAUUGCCAGUUGUUUUGGGGGAUUUCGGGAUGUCUUUUUUUUGUCUUUUGAUGAUGAUGAUUGCUGUUAUUUUGAUCACCACCUUUUUUGUCACCACCAUUAUUUCCAUUAUCAAAAUAUCCUCAGGACUUGACCCCCUUUUCUCUCAAAAUGUUAAUUUAAUUUUUUUCUUAUAAUAGCACAUUAAACUGUGACAAAUAUGUUUUGCUAUAUAAGGCUGCAAAUCACUUAUUAUAAGUUGCUUUAAUCAUGAUAUAUAUAUACAAUAAUUUAAUGUCUUUUAACAUAGGAAAAAUACUUUUUUAGAAUGGUUUGGCAUCAGGGCAAAUUUUGUUUAGUAUUAAAAUUCAUUUCAAAUUUUUGGACUCUUUGAUUGCUUCGAUAUUCUCCACUGAUGCAAAGGACCGGCUCCUGUGAGCCUAAUAAAGACAUAUGUUUCUGACUACAA